UUCGACCAUCUAAAACUUUGUGAAGUAAAAUAAUUUCCCGUUAUUCAGUUUGGUCACCAGAUAAGUUUGUACUUAUGGUUUUCCUUUUUCUUCCAAGGUGUGGAAAUGUUAUUGUUGCCCUGGCCCUGAAGUUCAGUUCAAUUGUAAGAGAAAGCGAAGUACUCUUUAUGCUUCGCGAUGCUGCUAACAAUGGAGGGCUUGGAGAUUUCAAUGUGAGUGCCAUAACAGGUACACGAGACAUUGGGAUAACAUCCACCAUGGCCACAACACCUAGCAGCUCAUCUGACAUAACAGUUCAAGCAUGCGGGGAUUGUGCUUGCAGCUGCACCGUAUUGGGAGGUGUCAUCGGUAUCCUUGUUGUCGUAAUCAUUGUUCUUGUUGUCUACAUCUUAUGGCUUCGCAAGAAAGGUAAGCAAUAUUCUAAAUAUUCUCUACGCCUUUUAACAAUGACUGUGAGAAAACUUGUCUUGUUAAUAUAUUGUCAGUUUCCGCUAAACCUCCCACUUCAAGCUACUAUGGUUUUGGAUGUAAAUAGGAUGUAGCUGCUAAAACAGUUAAAUAACUAAACCAGUCAACUGAGACACUAAGAGUUAAUGCCAGGUAUAGGAAGUUUUGUAGUUUUUCGUUCUUGCCUUUAAGAUUUUUACACCUUUUAAAUUCUUCAUCGGCAUUUGUUGCAACA